AUGAAUUCACCACAAACUAGAAUAAAUGCACCACAAACCAGAAUAAAUUCACAAAGAACUGGUACAAAUUCACAAAGAACUGGAACAAAUUCACAAAGAACUGGAACAAAUUCACAAAGAACUGGAAGAAAUUCACAAAGAACUGGAACAAAUUCACAAAGAACUGGAAGAAAUUCACAAAGAACUGGAACAAAUUCACCACAACAAUACAAAUUCACCACAAACUGGAACAACUUUACAAAGAACUGGAACAAAUUCACAAAGAACUGGAAGAAAUUCACCACAACAAGUACAAAUUCACCAGAAACUGGAACAAAUUUACAAAGAACUGGAACAAAUUCACAAAGAACUGGAACAAAUUCACAAAGAACUGGAACAAAUUCACAAAGAACUGGAACAAAUUCACAAAGAACUGGAAGAAAUUCACAAAGAACUGGAACAAAUUCACCACAACAAGUACAAAUUCACCACAAACUGGAACAAAUUUACAAAGAACUGGAACAAAUUCACAAAGAACUGGAAGAAAUUCACCACAACAAUACAAAUUCACCACAAACUGGAACAACUUUACAAAAAACUGGAAGAAAUUCACUACAAACUGGAAUAAAUGCACCACAAACCAGAAUAAAUUCACAAAGAACUGGAUCAAAUUCACAAAGAACUGGAACAAAUUCACCACAACAAGUACAAAUUCACCACAACAAGUACAAAUUCACCACAAACUGGAACAACUUUACAAAGAACUGGAACAAAUUCACCACAACAAGUACAAAUUUACCACAAACUCGAAUAAAUUCACCACAAACUAGAAUAAAUUCACAAAGAAGUGGAACAAAUUCACCACGAACUGGAACAAAUUCACAAAGAACUGGAAUAAAUUCACCACAAACUGGAACAAAUUCACCAUAA